AAAAAAUUAAAUCAGGAUCACAGUAUUAAAAUAUAAUGGCCGGGAUUCCUCUGGUCCAGAAUGUUGCUCAGGAGUCUGUGAGAAUACCUCUGCCUAGGUUACAGGUCAAUCUGUUGCUGUCUUUUGUCUAUCGAUGUUGAGUCAUCAAAGGUUCUGAGAAAAGAAAUCUUAAUAGCAUAAAUUACAUAUCCCUCCAAGUUGGGAGUUGAAGCAAUACUGGUCCUCCAUCAAUUGAAAAAAUCUUAAGUAUAGUUUCCACCAGAGGAACAUGAAGGAACUUUUGUGUUUCUGUUGCUUGUUGCUUAAAAAUGUUUCGCAAAGUUCCUCAAAGUUCCUAAGUGUUUCUUCUUGUUUCGACAACAAAUGUUGCAUGUUUGCGAUUGUUGGUGGUUUCCAGUUUUAGCGGUAAACUUCAAAAGAAAUACGGCAACAACAGGCAACAUAAACAUAUUGUUGUCUGAGUGGAAACAGAUACAGCAACUUGUAUAUAGUGACUUGUUUUUGUCUAGUGCAGCUCGACGGCGAACGUGGAAUAAUUUAUAGUCGGUCGGACGUGUGAAAAAAUAGAAAAAUGUCGUUCAUGUGGACAAAUGAGUUAGUACUCGAAUUAAUCGAAAACUAUAAGCUUUGUGAGUGUUUAUGGAAUACAAAGCACGCCCAGUAUAAAUGUAGAAAUGCGAAACACGAUGCUUGGACAACAUUGGCAGAAAAAACAGGCUCAAAUAUAGAAGAAGUGAAAAGAAAAAUGAAAAAUGUUAUUGCACAAUUCUAUAGAGAAAGAAAAAAAUAUCGUACGUUAAAAAAGUCGGGAGCCGGCGCCGUAUUUAUUUCAAAGUGGUUUGCUUAUGAAGUCUUGUUGUUUCUUGCGGGCAGGAACAAAGUUAGAAAAUGUACUGAAAAAGGAAUAACUACAAGUGAGGGUGAAGAUGAUGGGUCAGACAGCAGUGCAACGGACAGCGGGGAAGUUGAAUCGCAAGAUUCCAAUAUAGCAGACGAGGCAGAUGCAGUAACUGAUUCUUCUUUUAUUGUUGGAGAGGCGAACAAUGACGUCGACACUCUGAACAAAACUGUUACUGCUAUUACUGAAACACCUACAAAGCCUAAUGAAAACAGAACCAGAUCUCCAACGCCUUCCACAAGCAGCACUACAAAAAGUAAACAGGGACCUAGGCUCUUUAAAAGUCCAAAAACAAUGAAGAAAAGACAAGCUGAUGUGAAAACUGACGAACGACAGGAAGAGGCAUAUGUAUUGCUGAAGCAGCUACAAAAUAAAAAGCCACGUAAUCGGUUCCAAAUUUUCGGCGAACUAGUUGCCUGUAAAAUCGAAAAUCUUCAAAAUGAAAACGCUAAAAACACGGUAGAGCAUUUGAUCUCUAAUAUUUUGUAUGACGCAUCUAUGGGUAAAUACGAUCGGCCAUUUCCAUGUUAUCAAAGUUGGCAUACACCUUCGGCCAAUAACAACACAGCAAGAUAUUAUUCAGAUAACCAGAACUAUUACUCAUCCAGUACCAAUGAUUCUGUAACAUCACCAGCCUCAACAACACACACACCUAUGCCAUCCCCAAAUAGCUCUUGUUAUGAAACUAACUAUCUUCCCCAAACAGAGACAAACAAUUCGACACUCUCAAAAGAAAAGCAGCCUUGUAGAAAUCUUCAAGAAUCAUCUAUAUCUGAUGCGAUACGUCUGGCCAUGUCAGAUGCAGGACUUGAUGUAAAUUACUGAUAAAAUAUUAUUUGUUAAAAAGAAUAUCUCUUUAAUUUUUUAAUUAGAUUUUUAAAAUUUUUUAUUUAGAAUUUAAAUAGAAUAUCUUGUUAAUUUUUUUCUCACACUUCAAAAAAUUGGUUUUUAUUAAAAUUUAAUAAAAUGUCUACUACUAAUUACAUUAUGUCAUUUGAUUGAAAAGCUGUAUAUCUACCGAGGUAUCU